UUAUAAAUUUAUAUAGCUAUUUGAUGAAGGAAAUGAUUUAUCACUCACACAUUUGGUAUUCUUUAUAUCUACAUUUUUUAAUUUAUUUGCACAUAUGUGUCUAUAUUGUGCUCUUGGCGAGUUUUUAGUAGCCCAAUGUAAUGAAAUAUAUUAUGCAGCCUACAGUAAUGAAUGGUACUCCGUGAAUUCAAAAAUUACACAAGAUUUAUUGUUAUUGUUAAUAAGAGGUGCCAAACCGAUUCAUCUCACCGCUGGAAAAAUAUUCCCUAUGACAAUGAUGACAUUUUGCAGGUAUGGGUUCCUACAAACGAACGACUUUGUAGCGCCAAUUAAAAGCGUCGACCCAAAAGAUAUGGGAACUAUAUUUUUCGACAAUCGAUAUCCAAAUUAAGUAGUAGACAAUAAUUCAAUCUUGUCGUUAUCGAUUUUUUUUCAGAAAAAAUUUAUCACUAAAGCAUCAAUGUUGAAUGUCGUUGCAAUCGAUAGUUAAUACCCUUAUUCCAAGACAGGCGGACUAUCAUAUCCCUCAAAAAGAUACAAGGGAUCGCCAAGGGAUCGAAUCAAAGUGGUAAAUUUUUUCUGAAAAAAAAAUCGAUAAUCUACUACUUAAUUUUGAUAUCGAUUGUCGAAAAAUAUAUAAUUCCCAUAUCUUUUGGACGAUCACGAAGGUAGCCAUAUAACUUACCCAAAUAGAUACAAUUUUACAUGGAGUAAAAAAAUUAUAUUUGCAGUUUUUA